CUUUGAUUACCUAUCGCGCAAUCUUCAUAAAUACAAGUAAGACACCCACUGUCACACCAGGUCAUCUUGCUGGAUCGCAAUCAUGGCUUCUCUCAAGAAUACCACUCUCCCGAUAAUCCCUCUGGCUGAGGGAUCCGUCCUUCUGCCAGGCUUGACUCUCCGCAUUCCACUCCAGGGUCGUGGCGAUAUCGCCGCCAUUCUCGCAAACAUCUACAGCAAGGCCGCCACCCCUAAUCCCGACCAUACUGCCAUCAGUGUUGGAUGUCUUCCUGUGAACUCGCCCUAUCUCAGCCCUGACGGUCAGAAGCUGCUCGACGAUGGCAAAGACAACAAUCGACGGCCUAUUGCCGGCAUCAACCCUGCUGAGGCUACGAGAGAUCAACUGUUCUCGGUCGGCACUCUUGCAAAGGUCUCAGGUGUUCAGGGAAAGAGGCGAGGCGAGCUCAAUCUCGUGGUUGAGGGCGUGAGCCGCUUCCAGGUCAACAGCUUCGUCAAGGAUCGUCCAUACUUCGAAGCCGAUGUCACAAUUCAUACAGACGAGGUGGUGAACGAAGCAGACAAGGAGAUACAGGCUCUGUUUGCUGAGUUGAAGCAGCUCUCGCGCGAGUUGCUUGCUCUUAUCAGACUAUCCUCCCUCCUGCCGCGAGCCCCGCCCACCUCUCUAUCACCACUCCUGGCUCGCCGCCUCGAACUCUUCAUCGUGAGGAAGGACUUACAAGAGGCCGGUCUUUUGGCCGACUUCAUGACCAACAUCAUUGACUGUUCUCAAGAGGACAAGCUACGCAUCAUUUCUGCUCUACCACUCAAACUGCGUCUUGAGCGUGCUGUUGAUCUAUUACAAAGAAAUGUAUCCAGCAUCCAGGGCAACAAUCGCAUCAUGUCUAUCAAGUCUUCUGUUCCCGAUAGCGACGUGGACUCGGAGCAAGCAGCUCGUCAACGCCGGCAGCAACUACUCAAGAGAUAUGGAGCUGGUUUGGCCGGUGGCAGUCGUCCCGGUUCACCAUUCGGUAUUGGCAAAUCCGAUGACGAUGAGGAGCCCAACGAGAUUGACGAGUUGAAGAAGCGUCUUGACGAGGCGAAGUUGUCUCCCGAGGCUGCCAAAGUCGCUGAGCGUGAGUUGAAGAGGUUGUCUAAGAUGAAUCCAGCUCAAGCCGACUACCAAGUCUGCAGAACAUACCUCGAAAACCUGGCGGAGAUCCCCUGGACCAAGUUCACUGAAGACAAGCUAGAUCCUGCUACAUUAUCAAGAGCACGCAAGCAGCUCGACGAUGAUCACUAUGGUCUUGACAAGAUCAAGAAGAGACUACUCGAAUACCUGGCUGUUCUCAAGCUCAAGCAGCAGGUGAACGCCAAUCUACAGUCUCAGAUCGACAAGAUCACCGAAGAAGCCAACGCUUCGAAGAAGUCUGAUAAUGCAGAGGAAUCUCAAAAGAAGGAGCCAGAACAGACGCCCGAAGAGGCCAAGAUCCUGGACAGGAAGCGCAUGGUCGACAAAUCUCCUAUCUUACUUCUUGUUGGUCCACCAGGUGUAGGAAAGACCAGCUUGGCCAAGUCCGUCGCGACUGCACUUGGCCGCAAGUUCCACAGAAUAUCCCUCGGUGGCGUUAGAGACGAAGCAGAGAUCCGUGGACACCGCCGGACUUACGUUGCGGCGAUGCCCGGUCUCGUCGUCAGUGGACUCAAGAAGGUCGGAGUCUCGAACCCCGUCUUUUUGCUAGACGAGAUUGACAAGAUUGGCACAUCGAAUCACCACGGCGAUCCAUCGGCUGCUAUGCUCGAAGUCUUGGACCCCGAACAGAACAACUCGUUCACUGAUCACUACGUCAAUAUCCCUAUUGAUCUCAGCAAAGUCUUGUUUAUUGCUACGGCCAACUCGUUAGACACGAUACCAGCGCCAUUGCUAGACAGAAUGGAAACUAUCCAGCUGCCUGGUUACACAACCGUGGAGAAGCGACACAUCGCUAAUCGCCAUCUCAUCCCUAAACAAAUCACGACAAACGGCCUCGAUCACGAUCAGGUCGCGAUUGAUGAGGAUGUUCUAGACAAGAUCAUUACUUCCUACACUCGCGAAGCUGGUGUACGUAACCUCGAGCGUGAGAUAGGCUCAGUAUGUCGUAGCAAGGCAGUGGCGUACGCGGAAGCGUCAGACUCCAGCUCGGCUUCAUCUUACAGCCCUACUGUGCGAAUGGAAGAUCUCGAGGAGAUUUUGGGCAUCGAACGCUUCGAGGAAGAGAUUGCCGCUACCACAUCACGUCCAGGUGUUGUCACCGGCCUUGUGGCUUACAGUUCUGGCAGUCAAGGCAGCAUUCUUUUCAUCGAAGUGGCCGAUAUGCCUGGCUCUGGACGUGUGCAGCUUACUGGCAAACUCGGUGACGUGCUGAAGGAGUCUGUCGAGGUAGCUCUAUCUUGGGUGAAAGCUCAUGCAUUCGAGUUGGCUUUGACACAUGAUCCCAGCGAGGACAUCAUGAAGAGUCGCAGCAUCCAUGUACACUGUCCUAGCGGAGCCAUUCCCAAGGACGGUCCCAGUGCAGGCUUAGCCCACACAAUUGCGCUUGUCAGUCUCUUCAGUGGCAAGCCCGUCCCGCCUACUCUCGCUAUGACUGGCGAGUUCAGUCUGCGUGGUAAGGUUCUCCCUGUUGGCGGCAUCAAGGAGAAGCUGAUUGGCGCUCUUCGCGCUGGUGUCAAGAAGGUCUUGUUGCCACAGGCCAACAGGAAAGACGUCAAGGAUCUACCCGAAGAAGUGCUUUCAGGCCUAGAGAUCUGCCACGUUGGACAUAUCUGGGAAGCCAUGCGCCAAGUUUGGCCUGAUGACCACUGGCCUGGUGAGAGACACUGGGACGGAUUGGAGAGCCGCUUGUAAGGCCAACCACUACCGUCAUCCCGUCUGUGUAUGCUUUACGAAUGGCGUUAAUCUGAACAUAUGGGACUUGUGAAUUUCGAUUCUUUUUGCAUGCGUGUGUUGUUUGUUUGCCUACUCGGAGUACUAUUACUUGUUAUAGCUUAUCAUGGGAUCAUUCUCCACCCCCG